ACACACACACACACACACACACACACACACACAACCAACAACUUACUUUGAGCGUCGUUGUGAACAACCAAACCCACACUUGGCAACCAUUCGCUAACACACAACCUAUACCUACCUCGCUUUCAUCAAUUCUUAUUUAUCAGCACUAGAUUCCAAUACUAGCGGGCCCUCUUGGUCAUUUUUAAUUUAUUGUUAUUAUUAUGGAGAACCCUGGAUGAGUUUAACCCAUGACUCCUUUCUGUCCACCAAAACAUGGCAUCCUCUGCUUCGCCUUCAUCACCACCUGAAUCCAGCUCAGUAAGACCUAUAGCAUGCAAUGCCUGUCGGCAACGCCGCUCCCAAUGCUCAAAGGAGCGGCCAAAAUGUAAGCGUUGUCGUGAUGCCGAUAUUGAAUGCAUCUAUGAAGAAGCUCGCAAAAUCACUGUGAAUGAGAGCUACUUGAGAGAUCUGGAAGCCAAGGCCAGGGCUUUUGAGGAGUCACUUCAAAAUCCCAACUCAAAGGGCCCUGCUUCGGUCCCAACAAAGGGAUCCUCCGUCUCAAACGCGGAAAACUAUGAAGAAAUAACAGAAGGCAAUGCACUGUUGGAAGAUUUUGACCACCUGGGCGUCGAGGGAGGGCCUGGAUCCCCUAGCCUGUCGAGCAGCCUAAAGGGUGGCGGCUUCAAGGGCCCAGGCCACUCCGACCUGUUCCUCCGCAGCAUGAUUACAACCCUGAGGGCACCGAGGAGUAUGGGUAAACUCCCCGGCUUCCGCUCCGGCGUCCGCUAUCCUGACGACGUCAGCCUCGAUCUGAACCACAACCUCUACGAGCCGGGCCUGCUGGCACCCAAACGGCUAGCCGUCUGGAGCAGCAUACGCCUGCCUCCCAUAGAGACGGCUAGGCGGUACUACGCUGCACAGUACACGUAUAUUGGAACCAUAUUCUCCUUCACAGACCCGAUGGAGUUUGAAAAGUCCUUGACUAGAGCAUAUCAAAGCUCGGGACCAGACCUGUGUGACCCACAAGCUUGCCUCGAAUACGCCAAGAUCCUCGUCAUCCUCGCCUUUGGUCAGCUGUACUCUGUCAACCAGUGGAUAGACUUCAAGGGCCCGCCGGGCUUCGACUACUUUACGCACGCGCUACAGCUGCUGCCCGACGUGCACGAGGAGGGAUCCAUCCUGUGCGUAGAGACCUUGUCUCUGAUAGGCUACUUUAUGCAAAACAUGAACCGUCGCGAUGCGGCGUUUCUGUACAUCGGCAUGGCCCUGCGCAUGGCCAUCUCGCUUGGUCUGCACCAAGAGGUACCCGACGCGGCCCUCACCGAGGAGGAUCGCGAGCAUCGCCGACGCGUGUGGUGGAGCGUGUACAGCCUCGACAGGAUCCUAUCCGUCAAGGCCGGCAACCCCAUAACGAUACAGGACGAGGACAUCGGCGUCAAGCCGCCGUCGAAACUCGCCUCUGAGCCCGAGUACUGCCCGGCCGUCGUACUCCGACACUAUACGGAACUAUCAAGAAUCCUGGGCGAGGUCAACAAACACAUCUUCCGAAAGGGGACUCACAAAUCCGGCACGAUGCUGAUGGCCUCGGUCAAGGAUAUCAUGCGGUCGCUGUCAAAGUGGCACCGCGAGCUUCCAGAGCAGUUGCGCUUCGACCCGGCGAGGCUGGCCAUAUCCAGGGAGUCGGUCUCGACCUUGGUGCAUUACUACCAGUGCAUCAACAUGACCGCCCGGCCUCUGCUCUUCCACGUGGUGCAGAAGCGGCUCCAGUCGGGUGGUCCGCGGUCCAAGGACUGGAAGCAGGGUCUGUCGCAGACCACGGUCGGGGUCAUUGAGACGUGCGUCAACGCCGCCCAGGACUCGAUCAAGAUUAUGAGCAUCGCUGCGCAGCGGGAUCUGGUCGCCACCUAUGGCUACAUGGACAGCGAACAUAUAUUCUCCGCGGCAAUAGUCCUCUUGAUGGUGUGCUUUGCCUUCCCGCCGGACGAGAGGAACACGCAGGCCAUGAACAUGGGGUUGAACCUGCUCAAGGGCAUGGCGGAGCGGGGGAACAGCUACAUCGGGGCGAGGUAUCAGCUGCUUCAUCAUUUACGCUCCAUCAUCGACCCUCCGUCCUCUGCACUCCCGAGUCCCAGACAUAAUCGACGGCACGAAAAGGCAAAGCUGAGGAGGAGGUCGACGAGCAACCAUACGAGUAUUGUUGGGCUUGAAACCGUGUAUAAUGCAUCCCCCCAGAUGAUAUCAACAUCACCGCCCGUCCAGUCCGUCUCGGGAUACCAAAAGGCUCGGGGUAGCUUCAGCGGUGUAUCGGUAUCACCGCAGGGACAAGUGGCCAUGUUGCCGUCUUUUGUGACGCCCAACACCGGUCUGUCCCGGGACAAUUUGGGCUUCGGGCAGACGCCAUUCGCAGAUGCAUCAUCGUCGGCCUACCACCAACCACGGCAAGAUGCGACAACAACCGGGCCGCAGAUGAUGGACGGCUUUUCGCCCGUCGGUGGCGGCGGCGGCGGUGGCGGGGGGUAUAUGCCGGGGCUCCGGCUGGGCGACAUGGACGACAUGUUCAUCGACGUCAACAUGAACAACAUAAGUGGAGACGACGACUUUGGGCUAUGGGAGGCAGGCUUCGCCGACCCGUCUGCUUACGACCUGGCGCAGCUUACUCAGGCGGCGCAGAUGGCUGUCGACCAGGGCGUCGAUGAUGAUGGUGGGGAAGUUAGCUGUAGCGAAAAGUCGACCGGGACCGGUGUCAACAUGAACAUGGAACUUUAG